AUGACCGGAAGCACCGAGACUCGCAACAACGAGAAGGACGUUAAGGAGCCACAAGUGGACUCUGACAACGACUCCGACAACGAGGCUCUUGAGCAUGAGCUUACAGAGGAGCAAAGACGUGUGGCUGAGGCUGCCGGACUCGGAGAUCACAUCGACAAGCAGGCUAAGCAGAGUCGCUCCGAGAAGAAGGCUCGCAAGCUUUUCUCCAAGCUUGGACUCAAGCAAGUUACCGGGGUCUCCCGCGUCUGCAUUCGCAAAUCGAAGAACAUUCUCUUUGUAAUCAACAAGCCAGACGUGUUCAAGAGCCCAGGGUCUGACACCUACAUUAUCUUCGGAGAGGCCAAGAUUGAGGAUCUCACUCAACAUGCUCAGAUGUCGGCUAUUGAGAACAUGAAGCCAACACGCGAGGCACCACAACUCAAGACCGUUGAAGAGGACGACAAUGAGGAUCUUGAAGAGGAUUCCGCCGGAAUCGAGGAGAAGGACAUCGAGCUCGUAAUCUCCCAAGCCAACACCACACGUAAUAAGGCUAUCAGGGCGCUUAAGGAAGCCGACAAUGAUAUCGUCAAUGCCAUCAUGAGCCUCACCAUGUAG